UCUCAUUUGCAAUGUUUUUUUCCGCAAUUCUUUGCAUAUGACGUCCUCCUUGGGGGGGCACUAUGAUGUCUUCUAGGGGGGGGGGAGCAAUGGCGAAAGCUCUGUGAUAAAAAAGAGACAAAGAACUUUUGAAAGGGAUGUAUAACAUAUCCUCUCAAAACAGAUUCCUCCCUCCCUCAUAGUUGUCAAUUUAAAGGAAAUUUCUGUCGAUUAGGUUCGACAGCACUUUAGAAGAAACUUAUCGAAAAUGGAAGAAGAUUUUCCAACCUUAGUUAUUGAUAAUGGAUCUGGUAUGUGCAAGGCUGGUUUUGCUGGAGACGAUGCGCCAAGAGUUGCAUUCCCCACCAUCGUCGGUCGUCCUCGCCAUCAAGAUAUGAUGGUUGGUAUGGGCCAGAAAUACUUGUAUGUUGGCGAUGAAGCUCAAAGUGAAAGAGGGAACCUCACCUUGAAAUACCCCAUCGAACACGGCAUCGUUAGAAACUGGGACGAUAUGGAAAAGAUAUGGCAUCACACGUUCUACAACGAACUCGAAGUUGCACCAGAAGAACACCCCGUACUUCUCACAGAGCCACCGUUUAACCCUAAAGCCAACCGUGAAAAAAUGACUCAGAUUAUGUUUGAGACAUUCAACUGCCCAGCUAUAUGUGUAGCUAUCCAGGCUGUGUUAUCCCUGUAUGCUUCUGGUCGUACCACAGGAAUCGUUUUUGACAGUGGUGAUGGUGUCUCCCACACUGUACCAAUCUACCAAGGUUGUGCAAUACCUAAUGCAAUUUUAUGUCUUGAUAUCGGUGGUCGUGAUCUAAAUUAUGUACUAAUGAAGGUCUUGGCUGAGAGAGGUUACUCUUUCACUACAACUGCCGAAAGGGAGAUUGUUCGUGACAUCAAAGAAAAGUUGGCCUAUGUUGCCUUGGAUUUUAGUAAGGAGAUAGAAACAGCCACCAGCAGUUCAAGUUUGGAGAAAAACUAUGAGCUUCCUGAUGGCCAAAUCAUCACUCUUGGCAAAGCGCGAUUUAUAUGUCCUGAAGCCCUUUUUCAACCAACCUUUCUCGGGAUGAGUUCUCCAGGUAUCACUGAUACCUGCUACAAUUCCAUCAUGAAAUGCGAUAUUGAUAUCAGAAAAGAUCUCUACGCUAACACAGUGUUGGCUGGUGGUUCUACCUUGUUCCCUGGUUUUGCUGACCGAAUGGAAAAAGAGAUCACUACUCUCGCACCACCAACAAUGAAAAUUAAAGUUAUCGCUCCACCUGAAAGAAAGUACUCGGUCUGGAUUGGUGGCUCCAUCUUGGCUUCUCUUUCAACCUUCCAACAGAUGUGGAUCUCGAAAGAGGAACAUGAUGAAACAGGACCAUCCAUUGUUAACCAAAAAUGCUUCUAAAUUUUCGAGUCAUAGUGAAUUAGUCUAACCACAAGAAUAAUAACAGUACUUCUGUUGUAAAAUUUAAGUAAUAUGUCCUGAACAUUG